ACUAAACCUUCAACUCCCACUCCUUCGGUGUUAUCUCCUUCUCAGACUUCUUCCAGCACUAGCCAUAAUAAUGAUCCAGUAUAUGAAUGCACAACAAGUGUUGUGCGGUCAGUUAUGCAGCUGUUGCAAGGUGUCCAGAAAGGUCAACAUUCUGAUUACUUAGAAUUAGUAAAGAAUGUUGGAAUAGAAUUACGUAGUCUUUUGGCUGCUGUCGAUCACAUAGUUCCGCAACUUCCUUCUUGGUCUCACAAAGAGAUUGAGAUGGCUCAUAGUGUGCUUAGCAAAGACAUGGUGAACCUCGUGCAAGCUAUGAAACAAGCUCAGAGAUUUGCACAGACUACAUUAGACAGUGAAUAUCGAAAGCACAUGCUUUCUGCAGCUCACAUAAUUGCAGUAAACGCUAAGAACCUUCUGGAUACGGUUGCCACUGUCAGAGCUCGAGUUCAGGCAGGUUUGGGGCCAGAAGAUCCACCACAAGCAGAAGAAAGUUCUCCUGUUGUUGUAAACAAUGAUAAUAUAAAACAGCCUCUGGAAUCAUCAUAUUACAAUGUGCAGUCUGAAAUUGUUAACAAAGACAGUUCUGAAACUACAUCCAAAGCUGGAGAUGUCAGAGCAGGGGCUUUUGUUACGUAGUGUCGGCUUCUAUUUGCUAAAGAAUUCUCAGCUUCAGGUGCACGCCUGAAUUUACAGAACAAAAUUUAUAAAUAUUAUUGUAUAAGUGUCUCGUAUAUUUUCUUCAACUAUUUUUAAUCUUAUAAAUAGAUCCUAUGCUGUUAAAAUUUUUUUUCCAUAGCAGCAAAUAUUUUAUUUUCCAUUAUUUUUUGUACAAAUUCUUCAGGGAUUUAAGUAUAGUCAUUUCAGUGCAUUAUUAAUUUAGGUUAAUUAUAUUUCUUCAGUAAGAGUUUUUACUUUUUAAUAUAAUAUUUUGAAAAAUUGUGUUGACUCUUAUGUUUAGAUUAUCUAGAGUACAAAUGCUUGCACGUUUUGUGUUCUAAAAAGUCUAGAACUUUUAACACUUCAUGUUCCUCACUGUUUUGUACAGAUGCCAUCUUUGUCAUUUAGUAAUAUAUUGUUACAUCAUUUUGUAUCUAAAAGUAUUUUACAAGAUGAUUUCAGUAUGCUGAAAAAAAAUCUAUAUUUCUUUUUAGUUCCUCCAUUUUAGAAAUUAAUGGAAGUAUGUAAUCAUGACAUAUUAUUUUUUAUUCAUUUCACUCUAUUCUAGAAAGUCAUAUUCAUUUUGAAUGUACAGAAAAGUUGUAAUAUUGUCUCACAUAUUGUAAGUUUUUCAUUUUCUUAUGUCCUAAUAAUUUAUAAACUCAAACUAAUAGCUUAUAAACUCAAAAUUUAAUCGAAGAGUAUAAUUGUUGAAUAUUAUGCAUCUUUGUUACUUUCUAGUGAACAAACUUUAAGACAGUUUAAUUUUCUCUAAAAAAUAAUCUUAAAGUAUUUCAAUGUGUUAAACUAUGUUAGCAUAUUUCAUUAAGACAGGUUUUAAAAGAUCUGUGCUAUUAAUAAAAGUGGUAAAAUUUUAAGUUGUAAUUUUUUUUUAUGUUAAAAGAUUUCUAUUGAGAAUUCAAAAAUAAAAUAAAGUGUAAAUCGCUUUUCAAUAUUCUUUUUUUAAUUAAAGAAUUUAAUACAAGUUUAUAGUAAUUAAUAUAUAAUUAGUUACUGUGUGGAAAUAAAAAUGUGUUAGGUACUCACCUUUUUUAUACUUUUUGUAAAUGAAGCUAUUCUUUGUGUACUCUGUAGUAAGUCUAUUGAGCAAUUGCAAUUUUUUCUAUGUGAUUAUUUUUGUUAGUCUGUGAUUUUUUAAGCCUUUUAUUGCAUAUUAUUUUUCUUCUACAUAUUAAUUGAUACAUUUAUAGUUGUUUGUAUUUUAAAGCAUGUUUCACGUUUCAUAUUCUGCUUUGAAUUAGCACAAAAGUGAUGUAUUUUUUUUCCCUCAUAUCCAGUAAUAUUUUUAAAAUAUCUAGUCAGAUGGCAAAAAUAUUUGAUGAAUUAAUUUGUAUAUUUAUUUCUUAUAAAAUAUCAGAUCUAACAUUUUCUACCAUUAUGUCUGAAAAUUCAAGUGUUUUUUUUUUUUUUUUUUUUUUUUUUUUUUUUUUUUCAGCGUAUUUUUCUGGUACAAAAUUUUUGAUAACUUUAAAAUUAUUGAAUGAUUAAAAAUGAAUUUUGUUUGUGAUUCAUUUUAAUGAUGUACAAGUAAGUCAUUGUGAGAAAUGCACUUUGGCCAAAUAUGAUAUAACACGCAGACAGCAGACCUUUAUUAUGCUAUGUGUUUAUUUUAUAUAUUGAAUAUUUAUCUUUAAGAAAACUGAAUUUUUUUAUUACUUAAAUUCUUUUGCCCAAUAGAGAUUUUUUAAGAGUACUUUAUUAAAAUUCAUGUUAAUUUUGAACUUGAUGCGAAUUGUGACGAUUUUGCCAGCCCCUUGAUUGUUAACCGUGAUGGCUCUGAAGAGUUCUAAACUGUGGGGAUCUCACUAAAGGAGAAACUGUAGGAAGAUAGAUAAUAACAACUGUAGAAAGAUAAACAAUCUUGCACUAAGGUAUGUAUUAUAUGGUUAUAUUAGUAACAAAAAUUUGAAAAUUAUCAGUUGAAUUAAUCAUAAGUUAUCAGUGCAAGUUUUAUAAAUUAAAUUUAUUUUAAAUUAUAUCAGCUGGAUUUAUCAUUAAAAAAAUAAGGAUGUUAGUUAUUAAAAAGUGCGUUUAUUUUUAAUUUCUCGGUCACAAAUAUAAUUUGAAAGAUAAAAGUCUUAUGAAACAUUGAACAACAGCACUCUUAGGAACUGUUUUUUUGCCAGGCAUUAUGAGAGAUGCAUCAAAGAUCUUAUGUCUUGUGUGCUGGUAACACCAGCAAAAUUAUGUGGAUAAAUUGGAUUAUUAACAUAAUUAAUAAUAAUUAAUUUGAUUACAAGGCACUAUAAAUCUGCCUAAGGGAAGAAAUACCUUUGUGGUGGAAUUUUUAAGGGAAAUAAAUAUUACGUAUGGGACAACAGCAAAAACUUUCUUACAAUCAGCCCAUUUAUCAUAAUUUGAACCUGGGUCAAAUUACUAGUGUUCUGUUGUCCAGUUGUCUGCUGAUAGGUUUAUGUGCAAAGGAUGAACAUCUGUAUAAAUGGAAUGUGAUAUAACAUAGAAAUUAUGGAAGGACUUUACUGUAGACAUUUCUAAUAUCAACAAGAAUGAAGUAAUUGGAAAUUGAAAAGUUGAUUUAUCCUUUAAAAUGCUAAUAAGUGACUAAAAUUUCAGACUGAAAUGUAUAUUUUCAAUUUUCUCGUAGGUUCUGCCUUUGCACUAAUCAGGCACCUAACUACAUAAACUCUAAAUUUUUAUAAAUGGAAUCAAAAUUGAAACUACAGAACAAGCUGAUCUUCUGUACGUUAUCAUUGUUGAGUGUUUGAUGCAAUGUUAUGACAUAUUUUAGUUUUGUUAACAGUUUUAUGUUGAUUAUUUUUUAUGCCUUAUUUUAUCACAUAUUAAAAUACUAAACAAUCUUGCACUAAGGUACAUAUUGUAUGGUUUAUCACAUAUUCAUUAUGUCCAGAGAUUUGUGUAGAUUUUUAUGGCAAGCAGUUUAGAUUAAAGUGAGAAGGAAAUUAUAACCAGAAGAUUCUGAGUAGAAGUUUGGCAGCUUCUGCUGCUGUUUGCCUAGAAAUCCAAUGAUCAGAGUAGAUCUGAACACACUGAUAUUGUAAUGGUUGGUAAGUGUUGAAAGCUGAUUGCGUUUUAUCUGUUCUUCUAAGUUAGUGUUGAAAGCUGAUUGCGUUUUAUCUGUUCUUCUAAGUUAGUGUUGUAUUUCUCUGUAGAGUUUUUGGAUUUAUAACCACCUAAUAUGCUGUAGAGUUCCAGCAAGUCAUUGUUCCCAAGAAGUGAAUAAUUUGUUCUGUAUUAUUUUUAGUAAGACCUGUCAUUUGUGAGGAAUAAAAUUUUAUGUAAACUUUUCAACUACUGAGUCCUUUUCACUUUUUGACUCCCAGUAAGAAGUAAACAAAGGUGAUAACUUGCAGCACAUAGAGGUAUCUUGUAAUGAUGAGCAGUUGCUUAUAAAUAUUUAAUCAAGUACGUGGGCACCUUUACUUCUAGGGCAGGGUUUCUUAAACUGUAUGUGCGGGGCCUGCAGCAGGGUGUCGCCAAAAAUUUUAGCAGUUUUGAUGUUCCUUUAAACUUAUUAAUUCCUAUAAUAAUUUUACAGUUACCAAAUAUUUUUACACAAUGUAUCUGAAAAUAUAUAAAGUUAAGACAAUACAGACAAAG